AUGUAUAUAUUGCUCACCCUUUUCGCCGUUUUGUCGCUGGCGGACGACGUCCCGACAAACCUCCGGUGUACAGAAGCAAUUUAUAUGCCCAUACCACAGUCGUAUACUUUUCACCAUGCCAUCACUGCAGACUUAGCAACGUCACAAAUCGAACUUCAAACGGAGUCUGGAGAGACUGAAACACAAACAAUGUCUGGUCUUUAUUUCAUGUAUAAAGAAGAGGAAGAUAAUCAACUUUACAUCUCCACUUGUGGAGCAAAAACAACGUUGGACACAGAGAUUUAUGUCUUCAGCACUUGCACUGGUAACGUCGCACAAGACGUGUUCAAAGUAUCCAAAAGCGACUCGACCUGCUCUUCAACAGGAAAAGCUGCUUCUUUUGUCGACAUCAAAGCAAAUGAAACAGUCUACGUGAUGGUCAGAGUCAUGGCACCCAAAGCCGGAUCAAUCACUACAAACUUCGUUAAAGUGAACGAUGUGCAAAACACUGACUGCACCACUGCGUCUAAUAUAGAGUCUGUACCUUAUUCGGAUGUGUCCAAUCGCACAUCGACGACCAAUAACGCGAAAGUUGAGUGUUAUGAAAACGCGAUGCCAGCGAGGUGGUACCGAUUUGUAGGUGAUGGGAAGAUGUAUCUUAUUGAUACAUGUAGUACAGUGAAUACAGUCGACACCAUCUUAGUCUUGGUCGAUUCUGUCACAUCAGGAAACACAUGCAACGGCGCGAAGUGUUUGAAGUAUAACGACGAAGGGUGUGGGAAGUCGUCGACAGGUGCGGCACUUGCAUUUGCAUCCACCAAAGAUAAAGAGUACUUUAUAGGUGUCUUUGCCAAGAACUCUGCGAAUGGAAGAUACCAAAUGAAUGUACAGAGACUCGACUCGACACUCCCAUUCACUUCGCAGACGAUCCCAAGCGCAUGGCCAAAGACGACCGUCAUUUCUGAAUAUAACGAACAAUACACAGUAGUGUAUCUGUCCAUUGUAGGCACUGGAAAUGAAGUGGUGUUGUCUACUUGUAUGAGUAAAAGCACCACAGGAGGGUCUGGUGUUGAAGUAGUCUCAUCAUGUUCGGCAACGACAGUAGUGUCUGCCAAGAUAAACGGCGUCUGUGGGAUGGACCAAUACAAAGUCUACAAAUUUGAGAGUGGUGUGACUUACAUUGCCAAGUUCUUCUGUAAGUCAGAGGAGUGCACCAUUAAUGUUAAUGGACAGAUGAAAUCACAGAACCAUUAUCAGUGCGAAGACUCUCUCUUAACUGAAGACACAUACACUGAGAAUGUCCCCCUUGAUCAGUUAACUGCGUCCCAACAUGGCUGCAAUGGUAUUGAAACAAGUAACAAAGGUUCUUGGUAUCUUAUUCAAAAGGGUUUGAAUACUAACGUCGAGCACUAUUCUAUUGGUGCUGUUGAUGCUACAACUGGACUAUCUACAGGAAUAGUGAUUGAAACACAUUCUUCUUGUGACGCAUAUUGUACCGCAAAGGAUACGACUGGAAAGCACGACGUGUUUUUGAACUCGGGGAGCUUAUAUGUCUUUGUUUAUAGUUCGACCGGGUCCACUUCUAUUUCAGUUGGGAUUGUCAAGUACGACGAAGUCGAGCACUCUUCAUGUAUAAGUCCUAAAAGCAUCACAAUACCUUUCACUACUAUCGGGUUCAUUGAUCCUAAUGCAAGAAACACUUUGAAGUGUUCAAUGAAGUCAUUGCCAUCAUUCUGGUAUAACAUCCAGUUGACUGAAUCCGUCGACUUGAUCGCAACUACUAACUCAAUUGACACCAAAGCGGACACACUCUUAGAAGUCGAAGUCGGCUGUUACCCGGAAGGUGAAUGCAUUACACAGAAUGACGACAUCGAGAACUCGGCGACUAAAGCUUCUAAAAUCUCAUUCACCGCUUAUUCGAGAACUUCUUAUAACCUUGCUGUGGCUCAGACCGAUUUGGUCGCCAGAGCUCAUCGAAUCUCAAUCUACCAAACAACACCACUUGAAAGUUCUAAGUGCGCUACGUCUGCUUAUUUGGACUUCAUGGUGCCACAACAGAAUUUGUACGUCUACACAACAGAGAGCCACCCAACUGCUGCCGCUGGAAUGGUUCUCAGAGGUUCAUAUUAUCGAUUUUAUUUGAACAAGCCUAUGCACAUUACCGUGAAGACAUGCACGAGUGGGACUGAAGUGAACAAUUUGAUUGGAAUCUUCAAGAAAUGUGAGACAAAAACAGUCGACGGGAAGGAGGUUUCAAUUCCAGACGUCUUGGUUGCAGGCUCCAAUUCAUCAUCUAAAGCGUGUGGUAAUUAUGGCGCUCAAUUCACUUAUAGAGCAGAGGCAGGACAAGACUACUACUUGUUUGUUGGUGCCAUGGAGACGGGAAGCGAUGGUAUGAUUGUUGCUGAAGUCAUCUUAGACGAUUCAUCCGAAGCACCACAUCCAGAGUGGUCAUCAGAUGAUUCUCACAACAAUAAUAGUGAAGAUAAAAAUGGCAUCAGUGGAUGGGGUAUUUGGGGUAUUUUAUUCUAUGGCAUUUACUUCGUUCUUAUCGUCGUUAUCGCUAUCGCACUUAUUAUCUUCUAUAAGAGGAAAAACUCAAGUUCUUCGUCGUUCAGCUCCUUCUAA